GGAGACCCCCAGCUUAGUACUUCGAUCUCCGAGUUCUCACAGGACAGGUCCUGGCCUGGCAGCACCUGCUGCGCCCUAGUCACCCCUGUAUUCCUAACCCCUGAAAAGGACUGCUACUGAGCCCUGCAGGCGCUCUUUUCCAAGGAACUGGAGGAGGUAGGCUAAAAGGGUGGUAGAAGGGGGUGGGGACAGCAGAGAGACAGUCCCAGCCUUCCCCGCCCUCCACCCCCACCACAACUCAGCAGCCGUCACGUGGUACCCAGAGUGGGAGGGGUGGGGGUAGAAGAGGCGAGACUUUUUCGGGUGCUCCGGAUCGCCAGUAGUUCUUCAAGCCUCAGCAGCCAACUCCUCCAGAGGCGCUGCACUCCACCCCGGGGAGCGGAAACCUGAGGUGCCAGGGACCAGUCUCUGGGAGCCCGGGGCGCGGGCGAUGCGGGCGCCGCGGGCGACACCUGCGGCUCCUCUCGGUGGCAGCCGUCGCCUGGGCAGCAGCAGCAGCAGCAGCAGCACAAACCUCGGCAGCUACAGUCGCUGCGGCCCGGACAGCCUCCGCUGCUGUCGCCUCUGCUGCGGUCUCGGUCUCUGAUGCUCCUGCCCGCUCCCGGCCCUGCCGAUCCGGGAGGAUGUGGGUUCUCGGCAUCGCAGCAACUUUUUGCGGAUUGUUCUGGCUUCCAGGGUUGGCGCUGCAAAUUCAGUGCUACCAGUGUGAAGAAUUCCAGCUGAACAACGACUGCUCGUCCCCUGAGUUCAUCGUAAAUUGCACCGUGAACGUUCAAGACAUGUGUCAGAAAGAAGUGAUGGAGCAAAGUGCUGGGAUCAUGUACCGGAAGUCGUGCGCAUCGUCAGCAGCCUGUCUCAUCGCCUCGGCUGGGUACCAGUCCUUCUGCUCCCCUGGGAAACUGAACUCCGUGUGUAUCAGCUGCUGCAACACCCCUCUUUGCAAUGGGCCGAGGCCCAAGAAAAGAGGCAGUUCUGCCUCGGCCAUGAGGCCAGGGCUUCUCACCACCGCCCUGCUCUUCAACUUAGCCCUCUGCUUGGCGCACUGCUGAAGCUAAAGGAGAUGCCAACCCCUGCUGCAUCAUCUGUCAGGCCCGCACUCUCUCACCUCCCUGAGUCUCUGCUGGGUGUCCUUCUAUUCUGGGUAGACAAAAAGAUCUUUUUGUUCCCUUCAAGUAAUGCAAGAUUGCCAUGCACAAAUACUUUGUAAGCUCUGAACCAAUUCAGUCUGGAUUUCCGUGGGUAGUUGAAGAAAACGCAUGGAGCAGAGAGCCCAGUUCUUCCCAUCCCAGUCCGUGUAACCACGGCCAAGGCCAUCCUGGAAGAAUCAGCCCUUAGAAGUCAUUGAGAUAUGCACCUGCCCUUCCCAAAGCCUGGAGCUUCCAUUCUGUCCCUAAUGGAGUCACAGUCUAUUGGCGGACUGCUGCGUGAAGGUA